AUGAUGGCACCCGUGAAGCGCUCGCGAGAGCAGCUUAUUCAGGCGCUCGAACACAGCGAGGAUCCCGAGGCGCAGGCGCUGAUAAACUCAAUCACAAGGCAUGCGGUGUCGAUUCGCGCCGAUUUGCACUGGCGGAGCCUCUACCAACACAUGCCCCGAUAUGGAGAAUGGCUGCGCGCGUCCGAGCCGGAAAGGAUGGCAUUGUCGCGGUACUUAUUGCGUCAGAACCCUCACAUUGCUGCUUUCCACUUCUACCGCCGAUACUGCUUCUUUCGAGAUAUCGUGUUGCGGAAAAAGUUCAACGUCACGGAUUACUGGGAUCGAUAUGAAUGGCAAGGCCGUGGCAGUCCGCACAACCACGGUCUGUACUGGAUGCAGGAGGGCCCAGCCGCCGACAUGGAGGACGAAGCUGCUCGUGACAUGUUUGCACGCGUAUGGGGCUUCCACGUCACGGCCGUGAACCCGGAGCCCCGUAGGACUGUGCCUCAGGGGGAGGGCAAUCCGCUGAGCGUGGAUCCGCUGGGCGUGGAGAUGACAUUCCUGCGGCUCUCGCAAAUCGUCAACCGCUGCCAGCGCCACAGAUGCAAUACCACGUACUGCUUGCGAGUCAGAAGGGAAGCGGUGACCUCGCGAGGGACAUGGAAGGAGCUGCUGGCGACAUUGAGGCGGCCAACGUGGCGAAUCCGGAAAGGAGUGUCGUUUCGACUUCCCCGUGCCUUGAGAGAGCUGGCCGCGGUCAUCAGGAAGGAAGGCAGGUCGUACUACAUCUUCGAGGCGGCCCGCAACGACAGCCUCAUGAACCAUUUCAAUCCUGCCAUCAUUCUGGGAUGGUUGGCCAACAUUGACAUAUCUCCAUGCACCAGCUUGCAAGCAGUCAUUACAUACGCUGCCAAGUAUUGCAGCAAAUCGGAGAAGAAGACAGAGCCUUACUGCAGGCUUGCGGAUCAGAUUUUGCCGCAUACAGCACACCACCAACCUCUGUUGUCCUUCUCCUCUCGCCUCAUGAACAAGCUGAUUGCGGAGAGAGAUUAUUCAGCGCAGGAAAUCUCCCACUUGCUACUCAAUAUCCCUCUGCAGGAAGGGACUCGGGUGGUUGUGUACGUCGACUGCCGCCCGUUGGAGCAGCAUGCGCGGUCGUACCGCGUCGAUGAUGAUUCGUACAAUCUCAAGACAUGGAGGAGACUCGGUGCGAACGCGAAGAAGAGGUUGAUGAUGGCCCAUCCGCAUCGCGCUCCGGAGGAGUUGCUUGCUGUGGACGGGCAGCGGUUUGAGUCCUUUGUUGCGGCGUACCGGUGUUGUCGGCAGCGACACCAUUUCCAUGAGGACGACCAUUACGGGGAGGUGGGAACAAACGAGCUCCAGGCGGAGGACGAUGAGUUUGAGCAGGAGGUCCAUGACGAGCCCAUCGCAGAGGAGGACUGGCAUGAGCUCGCCCGCAUGCUGCCAGACCGGCCGCUGGAGGAAGAGGACAUCGACGUACUUGGCCGGCGAAAUAUCGACCGGCAACUACUGGGAGCAACGCAAGGCGGAAAGCUCCUUUCCCUUGAUGUGGAGCACCAGCCUCUGGAAGCACGCGAUGCCCUGAAUCCGGAGCAGCGCAUCGUGUAUGACACGGUGAUGGGCCACUUUCUCGCCCAAGACCGUUCCCAGUUGUUACUCCAUGUCGAUGGUGGCGGUGGCACAGGCAAGUCAUAUCUCAUCAACCUGCUCUCGGCGCACCUCCAGGCCGCUACACGCGGGAGAGUGACACCUGUCUGGCGUGCCGCACCGACGGGUGUCGCAGGGAACCAGAUAUCAGGCACUACUUUGCACUCGCUGCUUCACCUCCCGAUCAACAAGGACUUCAGGCCGCUCUCCGCCAUCGACAAGGCCCAGCUCCAGAAGAAGCUGAAGGAUAUUCAGUACCUAAUCAUUGACGAGAAGAGUAUGCUGGGACUGCGUAUGCUAUCCUGGAUCGACGACCGUCUCCGUGAGGCAUUUCCGCAUCGGAACGAGGAGUUCUUUGGCGGACUCAAUAUCCUUUUGGUCGGCGACUUCUUCCAGCUUCCCCCUGUUCUACAGAAACCGCUGUACUACGACAAAGAGACCGUCUUCCUGAGCGUUGUUCAGCGGCAGUGCGGCGAUGAUCAGGCGUCCUUUCGCAAGGCUCUCGGAGAACUGCGGCCGCUCCUACUAUCCCACGAGUCCUGGAAACUUCUCUCCGGCCGCGUGCAGGCAAAGCUAGACGAUCAGGAGGUCGCCAGGUUCGCCAACGCCUUACGGGUAUAUGCCACGAAAGACCGGGUCAUCGCUACAAAUGUUGGCCCCGGCGCGGCUGCUGCUCCGGACGACAAGGCGGGCAACCUUGCGAAACAGGUCCCUGUAUGCAUUGGUGCCCGCUUAAUGCUGACGUGCAACCUCUGGCAACAAGUUGGCCUCUGCAACGGCGCUCGCGGCACAGUGCACAACAUUGGCUGGGCACCUGGCGCUGAUCCCAUCCGAGACCAACCGAAGAUUGUCCCGAUUGUGGCAGUAAAAAGGGAUUUCCUCGUUGGAGCAACACUCUGCACUCGCACUCAGUUUCCCCUGGUCGUAUGCUACGCCAUUACGGUUCAUAAGUCGCAGAGCAUCACCGAAGACAGGAUCGUGACAGAUCUGUCCUGCCGUGACUUUCAGACAGGUUUGAGUUAUGUGGCCGUCUCGCGUGUAAAAACGCUACAGGGGUUGAUGCUCGAUGCCCCGUUCGACCGCAAUCAUCUGACAUACAUCCCCGGAGGGUAUCAAGAUGAAGAUGAGGGACCAAAGAUUUAG